AUGGCUUGCUUAACCGGGUUACUGAUCAUGAUUGGCAUCAUGGUUGUCGUUCCAAGCGAUGGCGCAAAGUGGGUCAAGGCAUCGGCCAUAUUCAUCUACGCCUUGGUUUACUUCCUGACUAUUGGGGCCACGGCAUUUGCUAUCUUGGGCGAGACAUCCUCCAUGGCCCUGCGGGCAAAUACUAUCGCUAUUACAACUGCAACUCAGGCCGUCUGCGGCCUGGCAAUGAACCUCGCUAUCCCAUAUAUGGUCAACCCAGACCAGGGCAAUCUGAAGGGAAAGGUUGAGUUCAUCUUCGGUGGCCUUGCGCUUAUUGCAACUAUAGGCAGCUUUUUCUAUGUUCCCGAGAUUAAGAGAAGGACUUUUGAUGAGAUUAAUCAACUCUUCGAGGCUAAAAUACCCCCAAGGAAAAUGGGGAGCAUCAAGGAGGGAUCACCAGACCUUACGAGAUAA